AAAAAAAUGCAUUUGCCGGAUAAGCACAUGUUGAAGCGUGUGGGUCAGGGGUGACGCAGAUCCGGAACGAACUUAUCUUAUUUCAACGCCUCCGAUCGUUCCACGUUUAUUCCGCUCGUGUUCUCAGAUCCUUCCUUCUCUCCACCUGUUUCUCUUCCCGUCGUUGUCUCGCCGAUUUCCCAGUGGCAGUCGGCGUAAUUAAGCAACAAAUCUCUGUCUGUUUCCUUAACCUGGCCGUCCUUUCACUUCCUCCCAUGUACACAGUACACACACUCUCUCUCUAUAUAUAAACUGUCUCUCUCUCUCUAAAUAUGUAGAGGUACACAGAAAAUUGCCAAAGGAUGGGAAAUGUGAACGGCAGAGAAGACGGGAUUUCCGGCUCCGGCGAUGAGGUAUCGAUGAGAUCCGGUGGCGAAUCCAGCAUGCUUGAUCAGGCGCCUACUUCAGCUGACCUCAUGUACCACUCUCCAUCGCCUCUCUUGUUCGCUCCACAGGUUCCAGUAGUGCCACUGCAACCACUAGGGGGCAAUGCUGCUCCUGUUACCAAUCAAAUGUGGUCAUCCACCGAGCUUCACGGUACUGCCAAUCAUAUUCCCGAGGAGGGCAUACCUACUCUGUUAACUUGGAGUUAUGGCGGCAACAAUGUGACAGUAGAAGGAUCUUGGGAUGAUUGGAGGUCAAGGAAGGUACUCCAGAGAUCAGGCAAGGAUCACGCUAUUCUCUUGGUCCUCCCAUCUGGUGUAUAUCAUUACAAAUUUAUUGUGGAUGGUGAGGUUAGAUAUAUCGCAGAACUCCCCAGUGUACCAGACGAGAUGGGUCGAUUCUGUAAUAUUCUCGAUGUUAAUCAGGAUAAUGUGCCAGAGAACCUGCAUAGCGUUUCGGAAUUUGAGGCCCCAGCAUCACCUGAAUCAACCUAUGAUCAAGCAUUUCUAGGAGAGGAGGAUUUCGUAAAGGAUCCAAUGUUGGUUCCUCCUCAACUCCAUCUAACUGUUCUUGAUUCAGAAAAUACAGAUGGAACAGAUGCUUCUUCCAAGCCCCAGCAUGUGGUGCUUAACCACCUUUUCGUAGAGAAAGAAUUGCCGUCAUCACAGUCUGUGGUUGCUCUUGGUCUGACCCAUAGGUUCCAGUCCAAAUAUGUCACAGUUGUCCUCUAUAAGCCGCUAAAGAGGUAAAAUACCUGAUCUCUGGGGUUGUGGAAAUGCUCACUCGUUUUCUGAUUUUGGACAACUCUUGAAGUGUUUUUAACUCCCCAACUAAUUCACGUAUGUCUUUUCUCUCCCUCUCCAUCUGUACAUCUCUGAUCUCAUCAUGCGUUACUCCUCCUCUCUUAUGUACAAAUGCAACAAUAUCAUUACCUGCAUUUAACCAUCCUAACCGUGUGUCUUCAUUUAUUGGCUCUAUCGUGUGCACGUUUCCCUUGCAAAAUAAAGAGCUUGAUUUUGUUAUCUUUUACUCUUGUUUUUUUGGGGGUGUGUCUUGUGUGUGUGUGUGUGUGUUUUCAUGAAAUGUGGAGUCCAGUCCAUGUGUAUACCUAAUAUCGGCAUUCUCCUUGUACAUCGUUGAGAUGCCACAUUACUGAAUGUCUGAACACUAAAUCUAUUUGCAUUUUGUGUAUAAUUCGCUUUACUACUCCUUGCUUGGUAUUUUUGCAAAUUCGUAUAGUAUUUCAAUCAUCCGUUGUCUCUUUACGAAGCUAAAUUGUACGAAUUGUAUUUGAAAAAAGGCAAAGCCUUGUUGAAAGUUGAACAAGAAUAAUUACAAGGAAUCCUAGAUCUCUUGUAAUGUGCAUGUGAGAGGAAUUUUCACUUCUGGUCCAAUAUCUAAUUUUCACUUUUAGUCUUUGACUUUCAUCCUUUCACGUCUUGUGCAAUACUUACACUUCGUUAAUGUUUAUGCAUUUAUCAUGUGGAAAUUAACCAGCAAGAGGACCAAUAAUGGCAAGUAAUCCAUAAUCAAUAUGAGCAAAAGUGGAGUUCUUCCCAUGUGAUACUAUCAGCAACGUUGGUUGAUGGUGUAGAUGUGUAGUCCGCAUGGCGCAUAUUAGCCUUCGGUCUACCCCAAAUUUCUAAACAUCAUACGUGUAUAUUACUAAUGUAUAAUUUUUGUGUAAAAAUCUAUUCAAAAAAUAUUUUUAUCGGCUCAGCAGUCAAUCCAAUGUUAGACAAUAUACUCUUUCCGUCUCACAAAAUUCUUCCCACUUGCCAUUUUGGGAUGUGCAAAAAAAAUCUUCUCAUUUUCCUUUUUGGAAAGUUU